GGAAGUCAGUUGAAAGAGGUUGCUCGUUUUGGAAAAUAUGCGUCUGUUCGUGGCUUUGGUUUGUGUCAGCCUGGUGGCAGUGUCGUCUGCCCAGUUGUCCCUGCGCGGAAGAUUGGGACGCUCGGCCAACGUGGACUUGGCGGUGGAGCAACCCAAUUUGCUGGCUAAGGCAGCCGGCAUUGUGCCCACUGUGCUCGUGAAGAAUGCCGGCAUCGUGCCCACUGUGCUGGUGAAGAACGCAGCCGGAAUCCUACCCGCCGUCGAUGUUGCCGCCGAUGUGGAGACACCCAGCAUCCUGCCCCAAGUUUCCAACAACAUCUUGCCCUACUAUCCCAGCUACUGGCCCAACUAUGGAUCUUAUGGCUCCUAUGGAUCCUAUGGCUAUCCCGGCGGCUGGAACGGUCCAAGCUACUGGAACAACGACUACUACGACUAUGGAGCACCCUACUUGCGCAGACGUCGUCUUGUGAAGCCCGUUGUGUCCCCCACCGUGAUCGCCUCACCCUCUGCCACCUCCUCCUCCUCCUCUACCACCACCACCACCACCUCCACUGGAGCGUCUGGUGAGGAUUCCCCAGCCGUGUCCGCCGAUGUCGCUCCCGAGCAGACUGCUGCCUCUUCCGAAAAUGAGGUUGCUGAGCCCGUGUUCUCCACCCAGGUGAUCUAAGGAGCAGUCGAAAAAUAAUAAUUAAAAUUAAUAUAUUGAGCAA